CCUAACAUCUCUCACUUCAUCUUAUACCACCCAACAAAUGGCUCUUCGCAACACCAACUCGCUUCUCCAAAUCCAAUCUCUUUCACCACCACUCAAAUCUUUUCCGACCACCACCACCUCAUCCUUCCGCCCCAUCUCCGCCAUACAUUCACCUGAUCCAUCAAAUUCAAAACCACCAUCACCCGUCACAUCCGCCACCGUCUCAACCGCAAACCCGAAACUCACAUCACCACCCUCUAAAUGGGCAACAGACAGCUGGAAAGCCAAAAAAGCUCUUCAGCUGCCCGAAUACCCAGACCUAAAUGACCUCGAGUCCGUCCUCCAGACACUCGAAGCUUUCCCGCCAAUCGUGUUUGCGGGAGAAGCCCGAACCCUGGAGGACCGGCUCGCUGAGGCCGCAAUGGGGAAUGCGUUUUUGUUACAGGGUGGGGAUUGCGCUGAAAGCUUUAAGGAGUUUAAUGCAAACUAUAUUCGUGAUACUUUCAGAGUCAUUCUUCAAAUGGGUGCUGUGUUGAUGUUCGGUGGUCAAAUGCCGGUUAUCAAGGUUGGAAGAAUGGCGGGUCAGUUUGCGAAGCCUAGAUCGGACUCGUUCGAAGAAAAGGAUGGUGUGAAGCUGCCAUGUUACAGAGGGGAUAAUGUGAAUGGUGAUGCGUUUGAUUUGAAAUCAAGAACACCCGACCCGCAAAGAUUGAUCAGAGCAUAUACUCAAUCUGCAGCCACACUUAAUCUUUUGAGAGCUUUUGCUACUGGAGGAUAUGCUGCCUUGCAAAGGGUUAACCAGUGGAAUCUUGAUUUUACAGAAAACAGUGAACAAGGUGAUAGGUAUCGAGAGCUAGCGAACCAAGUUGAUGAUGCCCUCGGGUUCAUGGCAGCUGCUGGUCUUACAAUUGAUCAUCCCAUCAUGACCACAACUGAAUUCUGGACAUCACAUGAGUGUUUACACUUGCCUUAUGAACAAUCUUUAACCCGAUUAGAUUCAACUUCCGGGUUAUACUACGAUUGUUCGGCCCAUUUCCUUUGGGUAGGGGAACGAACCCGCCAAUUGGAUGGGGCUCAUGUGGAAUUCCUAAGAGGAAUUGCUAACCCUCUUGGCAUCAAGGUGAGUGACAAAAUGGAUCCAAAUGAGUUAAACAAGAUCAUUGACAUAUUGAACCCAGAGAACAAACCCGGAAGGAUUACUAUCAUAACGAGAAUGGGAGCAGAGAACAUGCGAGUGAAGCUUCCUCAUCUAAUUAGAGCGGUUCGAAGAGCCGGUCAAAUCGUUACUUGGGUCACGGAUCCUAUGCAUGGGAACACGAUUAAGGCUCCAAAUGGUUUAAAAACUCGCCCCUUUGACGCUAUCAGGGCGGAGGUCAGAGCUUUCUUUGAUGUGCACGAGCAAGAAGGAAGCCACCCAGGAGGGGUUCAUCUUGAAAUGACCGGACAAAACGUGACCGAGUGUAUUGGUGGGUCGAGAACCGUGACAUUUGAUGAUCUUGGAUCACGCUACCACACCCAUUGUGACCCGCGGCUUAAUGCAUCUCAGUCCCUUGAGUUAGCCUUCAUCAUCGCUGAGCGCCUAAGGAAGCGAAGAAUUGCUGCAAGAUCAUUUUACUAGGCUUUAAAUUUAUGUUUAUUUGUUUUUAAAGUAUAAAUAAAUCGUAUUAUGUGUCUGUUUUUAGUGUUAUAAAGGUUUUGAAAAUUCACGUGACAUUGGAACAUUAAUAAAAAAAGAAAAAAACAUUACUAAA